AUGUGCCGGAUCUCAUCAAUAUGGCAAGUGGUGGAGUUGGUCACCAGAGACAACCGUACGCUUCAUGAAAGCUUGAAACGUUGCAAAGCCGCAUAUGAAGAACUUGCGACGCAACAUGCUAACGAUCCUGCAUUUGUGGAGAAGAUUGCUGCACAGCUGCGCAGUAUCCAUGCUGCAAUGGACGAGUCGAACCGUGCAUUUGAACUCGUUCGAGAGGCGCCUGCUAAAAGAAUCUCAGAACGCAUGAUUGAAGAGUAUUGCACGAUUGAGUACGAUACGGCGACGACAUCUUCACGCGACUCUACGCCCAUUUGUAUGAGUGUGAUAUCGCAAGGGAAUCCGCAUAAUUCUGUGUUUGACGAUGAAGUGAAUUAUCAUGCUCAUCUACAUGGCGACGUUGCGCGAACCACGGUCAGCGGAUUGGAGUUGCUCAUGUUAUAUAUAGAAGCAGAAAUACGUAGAGCGAGAGCUUUCAUACGUGAAUACGGCAUUAGGAUUCGUCAGUUUUUCUAUAGAGGCGUGCAAAUAGAUCUUCGCAGAGUGGCACGACGGUUC